AUGAAACAACUUAAUUUUCACCUAUUUUUCCUUUUAUUAGUAGGUUGCUUGUCUGUGAUUAAAGCAGAUUCUGCUUAUAAGAAAUAUGGUCCCACAUUAAAGGCAUUGACCUCAUGUCAACGUCAGUUAAGUAAUACAGCCGUAUUUUGUACUACUGGAAAAACCCGUGGUAAUAAAUGUAUCUGUACUAACCCCAAUGCCCUUGCAACUGCUGCUGGUUGUCUUAGUUAUGGCCAUAGGAACACCACUGCUAUCUUCAAGGCAUUAUUUGCAUCUUGUGAAGCAUAUAAUGUCACUCUUACUGUUGAUGAUAUGGUAGAAGCAUAUCAAAAUUAUACUAAAUAUGCCAUACAUGCUUCUGAUAUUCCUAAUUUUAAUGCAAAAUCACCAGUUCAUGUUCCUAUUAGAUUGAAUGAUACAAAUAUAAGGCUUUAUAUGGAAGCUUAUGACAAAUACUUAGGAAAUUAUGACAAUAGUUUAUAUUAUUCAGUUGGAGUAAUUGGAUAUUGGGCUUUGGUCUUCUUAGUUGCUAUUAUUGUUAAUUGGUCACAAGUAUUGUUUCCAGGAUUUUUCAAAAUAUUAACUGGUCCAAUUUCCAAUAAAUUUAGGAAACAUAUCACCAUGCCAGCAGCAUUUGGGAAAAAGAAGACCACCGAACACAAAGUACUUAAAAUUUUUCAUUUCUUAAUGCCAUCAAGAUUUGAAACAAUAGUUAUCAUCGGAUUUUUAGCAGUUGUUAUUGCUGUAUGUUCAGCACAAAUAAGUUAUGUUGAAGGUGAUCCAGUGUUUGAUUCAAAGUCUUCAGCGCUUUUACGUUAUACUGCUGAUAGAACUGGUAUAGUAGCUACCAUAAUUAUGCCAUUGCUUAUUUUAUUCGCAGGAAGAAAUAACUUUUUGCAAUGGUUAACGAAAUGGAAUUUCGCAACUUUUAUUACUUAUCAUAAAUGGGUGGCUAGAGUUGAUUUCACUUUAGUGGUUGUUCAUGCUAUUUGCUUCUCAGCUUCAUAUGGGGAUUAUUAUACUGAGGUAAUGAAGAGAAAGUACAUGAAAUGGGGGUACUGUUGCAACUGCAGCCGAAGAAAUAAUUAUGAAGUAUUCUUGACUAUUCAUAUUAUUUUCGCUGCAUUAUGGAUUGCAGGAACUUGGAUCCAUGUUCAAGAUUUGGGAUAUGUUUGGUUUGUAUAUCCAUCAGCUGCUCUUUGGGUGCUUGAUAGAGCAGUUAGAAUUUUUAGAUUGAUAUGUUUUGGAUUUCCAGAAGCUCAAAUCACUUUAUUAUUCAAUGAAACUUUAAAAGUGGUUGUUCCUAAGCCAAAAUAUUGGAAUUCAGUUCCGGGAGGUCAUGCAUUUAUUCACUUCAUAAGACCAACAUGUUUCUGGCAAUCGCAUCCUUUUACUUUCACAAAUUCAGUACAAGAAGGAGAUCAAAUAGUGUUAUAUUGUAAAGUCAAGGGUGGUAUUACUCAUGGUUUAAAUAAAUAUAUUGCAUCCCACCCAGGUAGAACUGCUAGAGUUAGAGUUGGAGUUGAAGGUCCAUACGGAGAACCAACCAAUGCCAAAAUCUACGAUACUGCUGUUUUCAUUGCUGGUGGUAAUGGCAUUCCUGGUUUAUAUUCUGAAGCUGUAGAUAUGGCACUCAGAUCAAAGGAGAAUAACAAGCAGGUGAUUAAAUUGAUUUGGAUUAUAAGAGAAAACAAGUCAUUACUUUGGUUUUAUGAAGAACUUUUAGCCUUAUCUCAAACCAAGAUUCAAUGUACUGUUUACGUUACCAAGCCAAAAGGUGAUAUUAAUAAUGUGGAAUACAAUGAAGUUAUUAAAUUAUCAUCAAGAAUUUCCCAGAGUGAAAAUGAUAGUACUGAAGAAGUAGACAAGAAGGAGAAAUCAAAAUAUGUGCAUGAAAAGACCGAAGUUGAAUUCGAACCUUCCGAUUCUGAGGCUAAUUCUAAUAUCGGUGCCAUUAAAUCUGAGUUUUCUCAUAUUGAGUUUAGAGAAGGAAGACCAACCAUUGAAGAUAUUGUUGAUUCAGAAGUAAAGGAAUCAAAUGGAUCAAUUGCUUUUGUAACUUGUGGUCAUCCUAUGAUGGUCGAUGAAGUUAGAUAUUCUGUCAUCGAGCAAGUUGAUAAGAGUGACGGGAAGAGAAUUGAAUAUUUCGAACAACUCCAAGUUUGGGCUUAGAUUUACUUAAACCACUAAUAAUUUUAUAUAGAACUUAAACUUUUUAUUUAAUAUCUACAACAAUAUAUAUAAAAUCUAU